AAAAAAAAAAAAACACCGAAGCUCAAGGUGGGUGGGUGGUGCGAAUUUCAGGGUUCUUCUUCUCUCUCUCUCUCUCUCUCUCUCUCUCUGUCCCUGCCAUUUCCUUGCGUAUCCAUCUGUAGAUCUGUUUCAGAGGGCCAGAUCUUGCUCGUUUUAGGGUUGGAUGUGUUGGAUUGGAGCUUGCGUAGUUGGGGGAAGUGGUUUUGAGGUGUAUUUGAGCCAUUAGGGGCUGGAUCUCUUGGUAUAUGUUGCGGUUGUAGCUCUAAUCGAAUUGGUAAAGGUGUGAAUUCGGAAGUGUUUUUUGGGUUAUUUAGUGGGCAGCGGUGUGAAUUUGGACGGGGUUAUUACGCGUUGCGUUGGAUUUAGGGUUUAAAAGAUGGCUUCCAAUCCUCCUCCAUUUCAGGUGGAGGAUCAGACUGAUGAAGAUUUCUUUGAUAAAUUGGUGGAAGAUGAUUUUGUGGCGCCCGAUGAUUCAGGAUCCAAGUUCCUCGAUGGAAGUGAUUCUGAUGAUGCCAAGGCGUUUGCCAAUCUGAGUAUGAAUGAUGCGGACAAUACAUUCAAGGAUUCUGGUGGUGUUGGUGACCGUGAGCAUGAAGCUGUGCUGGAGAAGGGUUCCGUGGAGGCUGAUCCAGGAGCGUUGGGAGCACAUGCAGAGGAGAAGGCUUCAUUGGUUUCUUCUAAUUCUGUCGGGUGCGUUAGUGUGUUGGAAUCGGGAAAUGAUGGUAUUGCAUCGGAAUCGACGUCAGAUUCGUUGGUGAGCAAGAGCGAUGAAUCUGCUGGUCCGGCAAUAAAGGAGGUUGGAUGGAGUUCGUUUUACGCUGAUUCAUCGCAGAAUUGGGGGCAUGGGUUUGGAUCGUAUUCGGAUUUUUUCAAUGAUUUGGGUAUUAAUGAAGCAGGGAAUCCCGGUGGGUCCUUGGAGAAUAAUUUGAAUGGUGCAGCAACAAUUAAAUCUAGUGCAGACGGGAACUAUGCAAAUACCUCUGUUAAUUAUGUGCAGUAUCAAACCGACCAGCAAGUUUACGAAGGAUCCACAGAUCAAGUUUCGGCUGGGCAGGAUUUAAGUAGCAGUCAGCAGUGGGAAAAUCUCUAUCCAGGGUGGAAGUUUGAUUCAGUUUCUGGGCAAUGGUAUCAGGUUGAGGACUCUGCUGCAGCCGCAAAUGUCCAAGGUACCUUUGAUGCCAAUUUGAACGGAGAAUGGGCUGACGUUUCUGGCACGAAAACUGAGGCUGCUUAUUUACAAACUGCUCAGUCUGUUGCAGGGACUGUAACUGAGACUAGCACGACAGAUGAUGUUUCUAACUUUAAUCAGGUAUCACAAGGGACUACUGGGUACCCUGAACAUAUGUAUUUUGAUCCUCAAUACCCUGGUUGGUAUUAUGACACAAUUGCUCAAGUAUGGUGCUCCUUGGAAUCCUACAAUUCAUCAAUUAAAUCAACUAAUGAAGUUCAUGUUCAGGAUAAUGACAACGGGUAUGUAUCACCGAACAGCUAUAAUUAUAGCAACAGUAGUAUUUAUGGCGUUCAUGGGCAACCUAACACAUAUGGAUCUAGUGGUAUUGAUAAUCAAGGCCACGAUGAUAAAUUGACAGGCUCUUAUCAUAAGGAAAAUCAACAGAGUUCGACUACUUGGCAAACUGAAAGUGUUUCAUCUCAGGCUGGCCCAAAUUUUGGUGGAAAUCAGGUACUGGAUAGGUCUACAAGUCCUGAUUUUUCUGUAAAAAAAGAGCAGCAGAAGUCUAUUAGUUCUUUUGGAACAGUUCCAUCAUACUUCCAACCAAGUCAAGGUCGUAAUGAGGUCAAUGGACCUACCAGCUUAAAUAGCUUUCCCUCAACUAUGGAUUAUGGCCAUCAGUUUCAUCAGGAGAAUUCAAAGGAGCAUGAACAUAUGCCUCUAUCGAGUGACUACUAUAGCAAUCAGACACAUGUGACUAAUCUUAAACAAUCUUUUCACGGAGGUCAUCAGUCUUCUUUUGCUUCAAAUAUUGGAAGAUCUUCUGCUGGACGUCCUCCACAUGCAUUAGUAACAUUCGGUUUUGGAGGUAAACUUGUAGUGGUGAAAGACAGCAGCUCAUUUGGAAACUCAACUUACGGAAGUCAGGAUCCUGUUGGAGGGACAAUUUCUGUCUUGAACUUGAUGGAAGUUGUCAUGGGUAACGCUAAUGCCAAUGCUUUUGGCAAUGAUGUUGGUGCAAAUAAUUACUUUAGUGCUCUUUGCCAACAGUCCUUUCCUGGUCCAUUGGUUGGUGGAAGUGUGGGGAGUAAAGAGUUACAGAAAUGGAUUGAUGAAAGGAUUGCAAAUUGUGAAACAUCAGGAAUGGAUUACAGAAAAGGCGAAGCAUUGAGGCUCCUUCUUAAUUUGCUUAAGAUAGGAUAUCAGCAUUAUGGGAAACUUCGAUCGCCAUUUGGCACAGACACUGUGUUACGGGAAAGUGAUAAUCCAGAAUCAGCAGUUGCCACUCUUUUUGCUUCUGCUAAGAUGAAUAACGUACAAUUCAAUAACUAUCAUUCUCUUAGCCGCCACUGCUUGCAGACAUUGCCUUCUGAAGGACAAAUGCGGGCAACUGCUUCUGAGGUUCAGAGUUAUCUUGUAUCCGGUAGAAAGAAAGAGGCUUUACAAUGUGCACAAGAAGGUCAGUUAUGGGGACCUGCCCUUGUUCUUGCUUCACAACUUGGUGACCAGUUUUACAUUGAUACUGUGAAGCAAAUGGCUCUUAAGCAGUUGGUAGCUGGAUCACCUUUGCGGACUCUAUGCCUGCUUAUUGCUGGACAACCUGCUGAAGUUUUUUCUACAGAUACAACGUCUAGCAUCAAUCCUCUGGGUGGUAGCAUGGCUCAAAAUUCUUCACAGUUUUCUGCAAAUAGUAUGCUGGAUGAUUGGGAAGAAAAUUUAGCAGUGAUAACUGCCAACAGGACAAAAGAUGAUGAACUUGUAAUUAUUCAUCUUGGAGACUCCUUAUGGAAAGAAAGGAGUGAGAUAACUGCUGCUCACAUUUGCUAUUUAGUUGCGGAGGCAAACUUUGAGUCAUAUUCGGACAGUGCUAGACUCUGUCUUAUUGGAGCUGAUCACUGGAAAUUUCCUCGAACCUAUGCUAGCCCAGAGGCUAUUCAGAGAACUGAAUUAUACGAGUACUCCAAAGUUCUUGGAAAUUCUCAGUUUAUCCUUCUACCAUUUCAGCCAUAUAAGCUCAUAUAUGCUUACAUGUUAGCGGAAGUGGGGAAAGUUUCAGACUCAUUGAAGUACUGCCAAGCAGUUUUGAAGUCACUUAAAACUGGCCGUGCACCUGAAGUUGAAACGUGGAAGCAGCUGCUGUUUUCUCUUGAUGAGAGGAUUAGAGCACAUCAACAGGGUGGAUAUACAGCUAAUUUAGCCCCUGGAAAAUUAGUAGGAAAAUUGCUCAACUUUUUUGACAGUACUGCACAUCGUGUUGUUGGGGGGUUACCACCUCCUGCACCAUCAAACUCACAUGGUAAUGAACAUUAUCACGAACCAGUAGUCCCCAGAGUAUCAACUAGUCAGUCAACAAUGGCAAUGUCAUCCUUAAUUCCAUCUGCUUCUAUGGAACCCAUAAGUGAGUGGACUACCGAUAGCAGUAAAAUGACAGUUUCGAACAGGAGUGUUUCAGAGCCAGAUUUUGGCAGAACUCCAAGACAGCAGAAUCAUAGCAGUUCUUCAAAGGAAUCAAUUUCAGCUGAUGGUCAAGGAAAAACAUCAGAUUCAAGAGCAUCUCGUUUUGCUCGUUUUGGUUUUGGUUCACAAUUAUUGCAAAAGACUGUUGGAUUAGUCUUGGGGCCUCGUGCGGAUCGGCAGGCCAAAUUGGGUGAGAAGAAUAAAUUUUAUUAUGAUGAAAAGCUGAAGAGAUGGGUUGAGGAAGGCGUUGAAUCUCCUGCAGAAGAGGCAGCCCUACCACCACCUCCUACAACGACGACAUUCCAGAACGGUGGAACUGAUUACAACUUGAAAUCUGUACUAAAGAAAGAAGCACCAUCCAGUGAUGGAAAUGUGGAGUUUCCAACCGCCAAUCCUACUCCUGUAGAAAAUAGUUCCGGAAUCCCCCCGAUCCCACCAAGUUCAAACCAAUUCUCAGCUCGUGGACGGAUGGGUGUUCGUUCAAGGUACGUUGACACCUUCAACCAAGGCAAUGGGAGCUCAGCCAACUUGUUUCAGUCGCCUCCCGUCCCAUCAAUUAAGCCAAAGGUUGCUGCCAAUGCGAAAUUCUUUGUUCCAAGUCCCGCAAUGUCAACUGAACCUACAGAGGAUACGAUACAAGAACCCUCUCGGGAGGACACCACGACCAGUGAACAUCCUUCAACAUCCACCACAAACGAUUCAUUUUCUACUCCCUCAUCAACUACUAUGCCUAUGCAAAGGUUUCCUAGCAUGGGAAACAUGUCAAACAAUGGUGCAAAUAGAAGUGGCAACGGUCCGUUAGUAGCCAACUCCCGACGAACCGCAUCAUGGAGUGGUGCAAACUUCAGUGAUGCCCUUAGCCCCCCUCGUAAACCAACGGGACUUAAACCUCUAGGUGAAGCAUUGGGCAUACCCCCAUCAUCUUUUAUGCCGAGUGAACCACCACCCUCGGUGCACACGCUGAUGAAUGGUGGUGGUGGUGGUGGCAUGGGAGAUGACCUCCAUGAGGUGGAACUUUAAGUAGUUAACAUGUAAAUACCAAGUUUUGUUCCUUAGUUGAUCCACACAGAUACUCAUCAUAUGCAACAAACGCCGUGCCUGCAUCUCUCCCACAUAAAAAGGUCAGUCGUGCACCAGAAUAUAUAGAGUUCAUUAAAAGCAGUCCUCAGAAAGGAUGUGCCCUUUUUGUUUUCUCUGAAAUUUCUUUGUUCCCAACCCUGAAAUUUGUGAACACAAAUAUAGUCGACAAAUCUCUGUAUGUUUAUGCUCAGAUGUCAGUCGGUUCAUUUUAUUCUCCUAGGAGUUCCAACGUACGAUACUUCUGGAGCAGCUAGUAUUUUACAUUAAAGCAAAGACAGAAGAAGGCCUUGCUUGGCACCACUGUACAGUUCAUUUGUUUAUUUUUUUUUCCCCCUCCCCCUGUUUUUUCUGAAACUAGAAAAUGGCCCUUAAGGUGCUUCAAAUUGAUCAUCAAGAUGGGAAAAUGUACUGAAUUGUGAAGAAUAAGAUGAUUUGCUUCUCUCCUUUUUUAUAAUUUUUA